UUCAUUUGCCAUAACGAAGGACGAUAAAUCAUCGAGCCGAAUUUAGAUCUGCAGGCCUUUCAUCUUCAUCUUCAUCUUCAUAUUCGCUUCGCUUCCAUCGAAUCCAUGAAAACGGAGAGGAUCGCGGCAUAUUCAGUCUCCGUAGUUGUUUAUUAAAAAAAAAUCUAAGCAAUGGGAUGCUCUGCUUCGCUUCCGGAUAGGAAUUCUGGAGGUUUAAGCGGUGUUAACAGUUCAGAAAAUGCGCCUCCAACAGAUGCCAAAAAUCUACGCGUAAAAUUAGUCCUCUUAGGAGACUCUGGUGUUGGUAAAAGCUGUAUUGUCCUCCGGUUUGUGCGCGGUCAGUUUGAUGCCACAUCAAAGGUAACUGUUGGAGCUUCAUUCUUGUCCCAAACAAUAGCUUUGCAAGAUUCUACCACAGUUAAGUUUGAAAUAUGGGAUACGGCGGGGCAAGAGAGGUAUUCCGCACUUGCACCGUUAUACUAUCGUGGAGCUGGAGUUGCUGUUAUUGUGUAUGAUAUAACAAGUCCAGAUUCAUUCAAGAAAGCUCAGUACUGGGUUAAGGAACUGCAAAAGCAUGGAAGCCCGGACAUAGUUAUGGCUUUAGUUGGUAACAAGGCAGACCUUCAUGAAAAGAGGGAAGUUCCAGCUGAGGAUGGAGUGGAGCUUGCGGAGAAGAAUGGCAUGUUCUUCAUUGAGACGUCGGCAAAGACAGCAGAUAACAUAAAUCAACUUUUCGAGGAACUCGGCAAGAGGCUUCCUCGACCUCCUCCUCCUCCUCCAUGAUCUAAUGGGUUUUUUGUUUCCAACGUAUGUGACAGUAUUCUUCUUCCCAUUAUGCGUGCUUGUGAGUGAACCCAUCAUUUUUUUUGUUGUUUGUAAAAAAAAAAAUAGUUAUGCGUAUUAUAAUACAGAGGAUGGAUUUGUCAUUU